UACUAAACUAGGCUUGGAGAGAUGACAGAUGGUUGUUGGUGACCGAUAUAUUCACGAUAAACAUCGUUCACAGCAUUUUGAAUUAUUUUUAAUUUCAUUAUUUUAGACUCAGUAAUAAGAUGCUGCAGUUGAAAUUCUUUAUAUUCGUGGUUGUAUUUCUUCCUGUGAUUAAUAAUUUGAAGGUAUUUGUGCUAUUAUUAUUCUUUAUCAUAUGCAACAACAACAACAACAACAACAACAACAACAACAACACAACAGCAGCAACAACAGUAGCAACAACAGCAACAACAACAGCAACAACAACAACAGCAACAACAACAACAACAGCAGCAACGGCUGCAACAGCAACAACAGCAACAACAACAGUAACGACAACAGCAACAACAACAACAGCAGCAACAGCAGCAGCAACAGCAGCAACAACAACAACAACAACAACAGCAUCGACAACUGCAACAACAGCAGCGGCAACACCAUGCACCAGCAGCAGCAACACCAACAACAGCGACAGCGUCCAAAAGAGUUAUUUUUUUAGCGACAAACCGAGGAGCGAAACAAUUUUCAAACUCAAAACGUACACUACCAAAGUAAAAAAAGUCGGAAAAUCAACGCUAUCGAUACUAAACAUACGUAGUAAAAUACAGUGAAUUUACUUCAAUGGACUUAGUGCCAAGCCCGAAAUGUAUUUUUCUCCGACGAAAAUGCGAAAAAACGAAUAUAAACAUUGAAAAACACUGGCCAGUACCACAUGUUUUGAUUCAAAUGAUCCACGUUAUUCAGAUACGUCUUCGAAAAUAUACGUAUAUAAAUACUACAAUGUGCAAAUUGUCCUUAAACAUUAAAUUUUAAAAAAGACCUUAAUUAUGACAGUUUAUAUAUAUAAGGAUAUUCCUGGGCUCAAAAUAAUUUGAUCAAAAUUGUUUUUAUAAAUGCUGUAAUGAACAAAUUGUUUUUCGGCAACUAAAAUUUGUAGUUAAUUCAGGUCUGUCAAAAAGCAUUUUUCAAGCAUGUCCAUGCUGUAAAACGAAUCGGAAAACAAAUAUUUUUACUUAGUUUACCUUCUGUUGUCUUGUUGAGUAGAAAAGCAUCGAUUGCAACGAAACUAAAAGCUAUUUAUCCAGCUUUUAUCGCGUCGUUUUAGGGGUUUGUCAGCCAUGCUUGCUUGCACUAAAGUAACAAAGAAGGUGGGAAAGGGUAUUUUCGUGAGCCAUGAAUGGUCAAUAUUUGUUCGUUUGAAAUAUGAAAUGCUUGAUUUUAGUGUCGUGAAAUGUGAUUUGUUGUACAGCCGCGAGGCGUGAUUGUCAAUAAAAAUGCUCCGUGCACGUGAAAUGUGAAUUAAGGAUGUCUGUUUCGUGAACUGUGAUUUUGCUUUGUUCAUUUCGAUCUAUUUUAUAAUAGUCAUAGUAAUAUACAUAAAAAUAUUAUUUGACUGUGAUUGGUUGAUUCAGUGCAAUUUUCUGUAAUCACAGUCUUUGAUGUGCAUGCAUGUUAUAUCCAAAUUGCACUCGAAACCAAGCUAUUAUCUAUACUAAUAGACAUAAUACGCGAUAAUAAUUUAUAUGAUCGAUCUCAUUCGAUUGCACAAGAGAAAAAAUUUCGGAGGUGGUCGGACGUACUCUACACUCACACUCACCCAACUCUCGUACCCGUAAAUAUUUUCCCUCGGCCUUCCGCAUCGGGCCACUUCUGAGACCUCGGGAAAAUAAUAUUAUUCAGUACGGACCUUGCAGUAGUCUCCUAUGCAAUUCGCCUUCCUAUUGUAUUCCAUUAGCCAAUAGCAUUCAAAUACACAAGACACGCCCACUUUGAAUGUCAACUGUAAAGUGUAAACAAGGAGCGUGCGAUAAUCGAAUAAUAAUACGGUAUAUACGUAUUUAAAUGGCCUUAAAUGUGAACAGAUUGAGUUUCCUGAUCAAUAGCAGUCGAAGUAGAAAAUAUUGAAUAUUUUUCCAACGAAUGUACGCGAUAGGUCGAAGGCUUAAAUGUAUAUAAAACUAUUCACUGGUAACACUUGUUUUGAACUUGACGCGAAUGCGUGACGGCAUGUAUUAUUAUUAAUAUAUACUAUUACAGUAACAAUAUAUAUAUAUCAUUAAUAAUUCAUGAAGAAAACACAAAAGAAAUCAUGGGCGUGAAGGAGUCUGUAUAUGUGAUACAGAUUCAUGUUGAUUUACAUAAACUUUAACUUUGAUUUUCUCGGCUUAGACAACGUUUAUUUUUAAAGUUACUUCGCCAAUGAACUCAUAAGAUGAGUCGUUUUCGGCUCGAGUUUGUAUAUCCGAUACAACACGGCCGCUCAUGUUGUAAAUAUAGUACUAAGUUUCCGAACGUUCAAUAUCAGAGCGACUUUUGUAAUUACGAUUUUAUUAAACUUUAUAAACUGGCUAGUCAUAUACAAACUUAGAAACCGAAAUAUUCAAUGAAUCAAUUCAGUAUUUUAUAUAGGCUGAAUUCUGUAGUCUUCAAUUAGUAUUUAUAAAUCUAUUAUCUACACCCGCAGUAAUGUGCACUGUAACUUUAUAACUUUGUCUUGACGUCUUUGUCCAGUAUAUUACCCGUGUUACAGUAACACCUGCAAACGCUUGUAAAGUAAUCAAAACAUCGCGAAAUAUUUUAGGUGAUAUUGUUCGAUUUUUCUACACUGUCUGUUCAAAACAAUAGCUCGACAAAUUCUAACAGAUUUUACAAUUGUUCCAUAUUGUAAAUUUGUAGACUGGUAUAUGUAUAACAAAUAUACCUCUCAGUUCUCACAUAUAAUCGGUUUAAGAUAUGAAUUCGUACAAAUGAAGAUAUAAAAUGUUCAAGAUUAAAUGUUUUGAAACUAUUAACGACCCAAGCCUCAAGGUCAAAGCCAAAGGUCAAGCCCCACAAUUUUCGUGGGUAAAGCUGUGAUUGGCUAAUUUUGAGGAAAGGAAUUCUUGGCCAAAGUAAGCAUAUCUUACGUGAGGGCUCAGCCCGCUAAGUAGGUAUGCGUAGGAGACUAACCUCGCAGCGGUAAAUAACAUAUAUAUACAGUAUAUUUUGAGCAAAUGUGUUUCCAAAAAUAUGGCACAAUCUCUCGUGCAUGAAACAACAUCGAAUUUAAUGUCCCAAAAUAUCGAACUCUUUGCAUAUACUUUAAUUAAUUUUUUCACGUUUUCAAACAGCUGCUUAAAGUUCGUAACUAUUAUGAUCCCGGAAACUGCGCAAAAGACAACCAUGGUGAACUUAUUUUGGUGAAAGAUCGCGAAAACAAGGAUGCUGUUGUGAUUUGUACUGAAGAUGAAGGAACACACAGUUGGAAAACAACAGAAGGUAUACCAUGUCAUGAUGACUUGAUGUCACUGUUCAAUUAAAAUUGUAAUUGUAUGUCAAAAUCAGGUUAAAAAUGGCAUUAAUCGCAAUAUACUUUUUUCAGUGAACUACUUUAAUAUGCAAAACAUUAAAAAUUCCCAUGCUUUUGGUUAUAGAGGCAAAAUCAGAGAUACCAACAUAUAUUUAUAAAUCGAUCUAAAUACUAGGGACCUUAUAUACCAUGUGGAACGGCAACGUGACGACGACGGCUAUUCAUACAAUGAUAUUCAUAAUAUGAAAAAAAUAUGAAUACUUUAUAUCCCACGGGAGUUUGAGAUGUCAUCCAUGGUCUGUUUACAACGGGAAACUACAGACUUUUACGUCUUGAAUAAAACGUCUGCAAAUUUCAAGACGCGAUAAUGUGAUACUCAGAAUUAGAACUUUCUCAACAAUAAAGCCACUAUUUCGAGCUAACCAAACAGUAUUAAAUUGAUACGAUCAAUAAUAGUCUACAAACUUUCUUCACAUUCAAUCGUUUAUUUCAAUGAUUUUAUUCUGGCCGUUGUCGUUGCGUUGCUGUCCUACAUCGUAAGGUCUCUAAUUCCUAGUGUGAAGCCCUAUAUUUGAAACAUUUUCGUGUUGUUAUUUAGUUAAUUUCAAAGAAAUCCGACCUUAAAAUAUCUUUUACAGGGCCGUCUGACAAAAUGUCCGACAACGUUGAGUUUGGGUCGGACAUAUGUCCGAUGACCUUCAGUUCAGUUUUGACUCGGAAAUAAGUCUGAAUGACACUACAAAUGAAUAAACGGUAAAUGUUGUAAAGAUAUUAAAUAAUUUGUUUCUUUCAUACUUAUUUCCAAGCCAAAAUUAACUUGCUUGCCAGAACAGCAGUAUUAAAAAAGACUUCGACAAUUUAAUUCGUUUUCCACUUCACCAUUUCGCUCGCGCGCCGCCCCGCGCUCGACUACGUUAAAACAACAUUUCCAGUUCACCUUUUAUACAAUAGUACUCUGAUUUUCCAUUUAACAUACAAGCCUCUAGUCCUGGGCUAGGGUACAUUUUGAUUUACGUCAGACAAAGCUACAGUUCGGUCGAACACCAAUACACUCGGGUUGGACAAACUGAUAAACCUCAGUUCCUCUCUACGUCGGACAAUUUCACGAAUGGGUCGGACAAUGUCCGUGACCGACCGAUAUUUUAAGGCCUGAAGAAAUAGAAUUUCGUCUCAAUAGAACUUUAUCAUCAACCAAUAUCAUUUAAAUGCGAAUGAGUGACUCGAUUAGAAAAAAGAGUAAGACAACUUCAAAUAAUUAUAUAUUUUAAUGUAAAUCUUUUUUUUAAUGUAUAUAUCAGGCAUAUUUUAGGUAUAUUUAAAAAAAUUUAAGUCAAUUUUCAAAGUAUCUUUCAUGUACACAUGUACCUUUUAUAAAGGCUCAAGACCACCUGGUGAAUAUUUCAAUCCUGGAUAUGACUGCUUGGAUAUCCUAACUAAAAACGAAAAGGCAAAGGACGGUUAUUAUUGGGUUGACUUUCAUCGCUCGGUUCCAUAUAAGGUUUGAUAACAAGGCAAUUAUUUCAGUAACUAAAAUCAGUAACUAAAAUCGGCUUAUGUAAUGUAUACAUAUGUAACUUCUAAACAUAAUAUUUUAACUAUUAUUAACAGCCUACUGACAUAUCAUCUAAUAUUUAGGCACCUCACCACACAUACAGGAUCUAUGCAGAACGUUUCUUGUAUAUAAUUAUGCUGAUUAUUGCUCUUAAAUAUAUACGAACCAAUGGACUUUACUCUUUAUUGCAUCUCUACCCAAUGGCCUCGUUUUCAUGUUAAUUAACCUGUUUUAGUUAGCAAGUUAUAUAUAUUCCCAUGUUUUGUCAGGAAUAUGUUUCUCUUUGAUCUUGAGCCUAAUCAGAAACCUUAACCCUAUUGUACAAGAAAGAUGGGGAAAUAGGCACGUGCAUGCAUGAAAACGAGGCCAUUGAGUCAAGGAUGUAAUAAACAGUGUAGUCCAUUAAGAGCUUUCACACCUUUUCGCUCGGUAGGUCGCAAAAUCUCGUCAACAAUCUGAUCCAUUGAGCGAAAAGAUAUGAAAGCUCUUAAUAGAGUACACUGUACAUUACACCCUUAAGGUAAUUCCGCAGUUUUGCAUUGCCCACUUUUACUGCGCACAUCUUAUAACUUAUAAUUUCAUCCAUUAUACGUACCGUUUAAAAAGAAUAUCAUUUUAUGACAAUUUUAUGUUACUUCAAAACAUCUUUGGUUACAUUCGUGCAAAGAAUUACGUUAAAAUCAAUGUUUUCAAAAAAGGCAUACAAAAGUGUAGCUAGGGUUUCCUGUGUCUGUAGUAUAUUUAUUUACUUGUAUUUCACGUUUUAAUGCCACAAUUCCCUAAAAAGAUCGGUGACCCCCGUUUUUUAACUGAUAAUUUAUUUCUUUAAUGCAUUUUACAUUUCAUAUCCGAAAUUAAAAGAAAUAUCAUUUCUGGAUCAGGCUUGAAAAAACACCUUUAUCAACGCAUGUUCUCAAAGAAAGAUAUGUAAAGAAAUGUGGAAAAAACGUUUGUGGAUCAGAAUUGUACACGUUAGUAGUUUCAUUUUGCUCAAAACACAAUAGUUUUUCAAAAAUAAUUACAAGAUAGGUUUACUAAAGCAAAAUCCGUGCUAAAAACGUCAAUAAAUAUCGGGCUGUUGUGAGUUUGCUGUUACUCGUAAUGAGCGUCAAUAUGGCGCCAUAUUGGGGCAAAGGUGGUAUAUUGUGAUUGUUAUAUCUUCUUAACGAGUUCGGUGACCCCGACUUUUUUGUGUGAUUUUAAUUAAGUAUAUCAUAAACUCCAUGCCUGGGAAGGUUCAGCACAUUCUCAUUUCGGGAACAAUUACGGCGGAAUUACCUUAAUUUCCUCAAUGGCCUUGUUUCAAUGUACAGUUUUUGCAUAUAUAAAUAUAAUAUAUAUUACACCAGAUCCAUCUCGAAUCCCCUUCAACAAUUGAACUCAUGCUUAGUCAGGAAACACAGUUUAACCACGGUCGCAUGGAAACCAUUGUAGGUGUGGUGUGACAUGAGCACAGAUGGUGGUGGAUAUAUGUUAAUGGGGCGAAUGAAUGAUAGUGUUACAUGAAUAUACCAUCAAGCAACACUACAGUAGAACCAUUCGAUGAUCCACAGUGGUCGAGCGCAUUUGGCGAUAUAUCCAUAUUGGAUUUUAGAGUGCAAGUUGCUGCUGAUAAAGAAUAUAAACAGAUCAAAGCACACUGGUAUGUUCUGGCAAAUUGAAUAUUCUCUCCAUGCUGAUUUAAAGCCGCAAUAAGAUAUAAUGCACAUGCGACUUUGGAAUUUUUAUUUUGUGUUAUAACAAAAAGUACAUAAUAUAUGGAUCGCAACGAAACGUUUACUGAAUUUCAAUAUACGCUAUCAUUUUUAUUAUAUUUUUCCAUAACGCAGCCAUCAUAUGCUCAGUAACCCGCUCCUACUAAAACAGAUCACUUCUUUGUCUCGAGUAGCUCACCUCCAUAAUAUUGUUAAAUUCAUAGCCUAUGUCGAAUUGCCAUUCGAAUUCUAUAAACUGCCCUUGUAAAUUUGGAAUCGAAGUGUCAAUUGCGUUUAAUGUUAAAUUAGACUUCAUUGAGCAUUCGUGUUUUUUUCAGGUCAUUUCGAUUCAAAAAUAAACGUCCAUUGAAAAAAUUAAUGAUGGUGAAUGAAGGAGGAUGUCCAUAUAAUCUACCAGGGAUUGGAGACAUUUCCUACGUGAAAAACUUGAUGACUGAAGAAAUUUCUUCAACCGACUUUUCAUGCUCAGUGUUUGGUGCUUACAGUCAUCCUUCAGCCAUGAUUGGCUGGGUAAGUUAACUAUACAGGGUGUAUCAAAAAAAACUGAACAGAUGUAAAAUUGCUCUCAAUUUCGCAAAACAGCUAUAUGUAGCUGGUUUUAUAUAUAUAUAGAUUCUUUGGGUACUUAUAAUGUAAAAUAAUGAAAAAAAUUUCUCGAACUUAAAUUUUGUGAACCAGGGGGGGUGUCUUUUCCAACAAACUAAAAAUGGCUCGCGCACAAAAUUUAAAAGCUGCAAUCAUAUUUUGAGUUAACAGAUGGAAAAUUUGUCGGGAUUUUAAUUACUGUACAAAAUUUCAGACAAUUUGGUUUAACAAUUUGGUUGACAAUUUAACUAUUCACGCAAAGUUACAAUUUUCCCGAAAAAUCAGCUAUUUGCAUGCUUAAUUAAUGCAUUUGCCUAAUUUGCAUAUGUCAGCAAUAUGCAAAUUAGGUAAAGGCAUUAAUUAAGCAUGCGAAAGGCUGACUUUUUAGAACAAAAUGAAUAGUUAAAGGGCUUAAACUAAACCAAAUUGUCUGAAAUUUUGUACAGUAAUUAAAAACCCGACAAAUUUUCAAUCUAUUAACUCAAAAUAUGAUUACAGCUUUUAAAUUUUGUGCGCGAGCCAUUUUUAGUUUGUUGGGAAGGACACACCCCCCUGGUUCACAAAAUUUAAGUUCGAGAAUUUUUUUUUAUUAUUUUACAUUAUAAGUACCCAAAGAAGCUAUAUAUAUAAAAAACCAGAUACAAAUAGGUUUUUGCGAAAUUGAGAGCAAUUUCAAAUCUGUUCAGUUUUUUUUGAUACACCCUGUAUAUAAAUAACUAUACAGUAAUUCAAGCAAUGCAAUAUCCCAGAGAUCAGUUCCAAUAAAAAUAUUGUUUUGUUUUUGAGUAAAUUGUCUUCCAAUAAUUUUGGCAGUGGGAAUUCUUACUAAUUUACCUAGCUGACGUACGUACGUGAGGCAAAGUGGCAAAUACGCGGCGGGAUCUUGGGCGUAUGAACGUACAUUUACAUUAUUUCAAGUAGUUCUAACGAAAGAAGGUGAAACAUUAAAUAUUUCCAGACUAAAACUCUAAGAAAUGCAGGAAAAUUCCAAUGUUUUUGGCGUGCCCAGGGUUUAAAGAGUGGCGAGCCAGACAUAUAGGCAUAGCAACACGUCAUGCUAUGAAAAUAUUUAAUGAUUUGCAUUAUUCAAACGUUUAGAAAUGUAUUGUCUUUAACCAAUAUUUAGAUGCAGGUUUAUUAGCAUAGCAUGACCAGUUGCUAUGGCUAUAGCUUCGUCCUGGGUUUAGGUAGUGCAUAACGAAAUCUAUAUCUCUGUGUUUAGACCAGAAUGAAUUCUUGCCUGCGAGAGGAAUGUCCGUAUGGAUUCGCCUAUCAUCACGUGAUUCCUAUUCAGGUUGACUUUUCUGGUGGAUUCAGGUGAUCUUUUUUAUUCAUUUUUGAAGCGAGUAGUAUUUAUUAGCAAGUUGUAUUGAACAGGCAAAAAAGGACACAUCACCAUGAAUUGGACGUACAUUUGCCCCAAUCGUUCAAAAUCCGCAUUAAUUACAUAAUAUUUGAAUUUCACAAACGACUUUUGGCAACAACAAACUUGCUCGAUUACGGCGAACAAGAAACACGGCCUUUUUGGCAAGUAUAAGGUCAUCAAAAAUGCCCUUCGGUCCACUUCGUCGCUUUGACACUGAAUUUGAGAUGUCUUCUUGCAUGCCGCCCGUCGACUGCCCAAAAGACCAAGACGAACAUUGAGAGGCGUUUGGAACCGGUUUGCUGCGAGCCAUAGCUAUAUAGCUUUAUAGACAGAAUGUUUAUCAAAUUAAAAACUGUAUAUAUAUAUAUAUAUAUAUAUAUAUAUAUAUAUAUAUAUAUAUAUAUAUAUAUAUAUAUAUAUAUAUAUAUAUAUAUAUAUAUAUAUAUAUAUAUAUAUAUAUAUAUAAGACUAGAUGAAGGUAUUCUUGAACAGAAAUUACGGUGAUCGUAUGACAAUAAUUGACAACUACUCUUGGCCUAUUUCUUGAUGAAUAUUUGAAUGAUUGCAUUUAUCUUGGUUUAAAAUCUAUUGAGAUGAAUAGAUAUAUUUAGUAAGUUUUGUUUUGUUAUUUACUGGAAUCUUUCUUGGACAGUUUUCUUGCUGCAAAUAACUCUGGAACGACUGAUGGCACUACGGCAUUUUUUGGAUGUGAUAAAGGAAAGGUAUAUUCUGCAAUUAGUUGGAGUCAUAUUAAGCUAAAUUAAAUAACUGCAUAUACAUAUGGUCACAUCUUACAAUUUGACCGAACACUUUUCAAUGUUGGUUGUCUAUAAACGAAUAUUUAUACAGGCAAGAUUACUUCAGUUCAACAAUGAGCUCGUUUUUCAAAACUUUAUAUAUGUACGAGAAAUAACUGUUCUAAAGGCCUUAAAUUUUCUUAAUAAGUACUAUUUAAAGCACGCGUAGGAGACGUGUUUUAUCACAUAUAAAACACGACGCGUAGCGGAGUGUUUUAUAUGUGAUAAAACACGACUACAAGUGCUUUAAAUAGCUUCAAAAACGACUCAUCUUAUACAAGUUCAUUGGCGAAGUAAUUUUUAAAAUAAACUUUGUCUAAACCGAGAAAAUCAAAGCUAAAGUUUAUGUAAAUUAACGUGAUUUUUAUCACAUAUAAAACCACGACACGCUUAUGAUUUUUCUUUGUGUUUUGCUCCUGAAUUUUUGAAUAUUAAUUAAAACCCAAAAAGUGUACAACAAGUUAUGAAAUCAGUAAAAUGUGUCCGUAAUUCCGGAUGUCAAAAUUAUAAAACGUGCUCCUCGAAUCGCAUGCGUUCUCGCAUGGCUCUCGCGCGUACUAGUACACGUAACGUAAAUUAUAAAAUAUAGAAAGAUACGUCUCAUUUUGGAACAACAUUACUGCCGAGCUAGUGAGAGACGACUCUUGUCAUAUAUGUAUUAGUAAAAAUGUGCUUGUUGAAUGCAAAUCUAUUUGUUUGGCUUCUGACUUUGCGACGAAAUUAUAUGCUGCAUGAUGGUACGUGUAUGAGCUAUAAUUAAGGUUACAGAACACCUUUGAGUGUUAAUUUUGCCUAAAUUUUUUUUAUUGGUUUCCAUGAAAGCAUUAGACUAGUUCUACUAUCUGACCAAGUUUGGACGAAAAAUGUUGAAAACUCGCAGUUAUUUAAUAAAAUACAUUUCGCUUGCAAUAAGAAAAACAUUGAAAAUGUAAUAUUCAAAUUUAAUUUUCUCCCAAAGAAUUUUACGGCAAUUACUGAUUUUUAAACGAGUUGUGCUCCUGCGGGUUUUAACGAAUUUUUCUCAAAUUUCCACAGGACAUAGCUAAAGACGUCAGUUUCAAACUUGUGUUCGGCUUUGUUCUAAUUUUGGAUAUUUUAAUAAUAAGGAGCAAUUCACACAAACGAUUCAGAAAUAUAUUGCAGUCGUCAAAGAAAUCGCCAUAUCAGCGGAAUGACGAAAUAAACAAAAAAUUCCGAACACAAUUUUUUAGAACAACUAUUUUACUGUAUAAAAAUGAUAUUUUCAUAAAUAUAUCUUAAAACCAGCAGGAACAUAACUCAAAAGCCUAAAGGUACCGCGACUUAAGAUUUUCCUGAAUAAUUCUUACAUUAUUUUAUUGUUUGUCAAUUUUACAACUUUAUCAUAUUUUGCAUGCACUGGCUAACAUUUGGUGAAAAUCUGACGAAAAUCGGACUGAUUUUGAGCGCGCAGUAGCGAUUUUCCACAAAACGCCAAAAAGGGCGUCCUGUAACCUUAAUAUUCUGUCAUAAUCAUCAUAUAGCUAUCAUAAGGAUCAUAUUGCCUCCAAGUCUCGUGAAUGUAAAAGGUUGCACGUAACAUAAUUUAUCUUGACUUUAUGUAUUUUUGUGUGUUUACCACAAUUUAAUACAGCUGUCGCAGCUUUAAGUAGGUUUAGUAAAUUUCAUCAGUUAUACAAAGUCGAGCCGAAAGCGAGAGGUAGCAGCAUUUCUGAUACAACACUGACGUGAAUGAUGUAAAUAGCUUGCGAAACUACCUUCUUACUUCCAGAAGGAAGUAAGAAAGCAAAUACCAUUACAAUUUUAUCACAAAGCAAAAAAUUGCCAUCUUUCUAUGUUAAACGAUAACGAUAAGUACGUUUUGUAUAUAUUUUACACUAGUGCUGCGCCUGCUAUGGUCCAGUCGGUGGCAGUGGUGUUUACUGUGGGAAAGAAUGUAAAGCUAAGAACGGUGGUACUGUUACAAAAGAUGCUCACGCUUGGUUUUGGGUGAGAUUGAAUCCCCCACAGAAAGUCUGGGAAAAAUGCAUGGAGUACAGGACUGAAGAAGAGAACGGUGAUGCAGCAUGGUAUAAGUUGAUUGGAAAUAGAAACACACCUGUGAAGGUAGUACAUACUGCAGCACAACGCAAAUAUAAAAUGGGAGUACGAUCUAUAUAAUAUGUAAUAUUGUUAUUUCCCCUAACGCCAGAACGCUAUUCCCGAAAAAGCAAUGGUAAGCUACGUUAUGCAUGUUGAAUAACUUUGUUUUGGCCAGGAAUGGUCUCUUAAUACUAACUUUGAAAGAGGAGAAUACUGAUUUUUGGAGCAGAAGAUCAUUUGUCAUACCAACUUAUACCAACGGUUACAAAUUUGGGCACCGCCUAAAGCGAACAAGCCUGGGUUUAACAAUUCUUUUUUGUUUGUCAGAAUGUUACUUGCCACCCAUCCACAUGUUGUAAUCUAACCUAUCAGACCUAUUGGGAUUAUAUACAGUUAGGGGUGGGUUUUGGUGAGGGUCGUCUAAUAUGCGUGAAAAUAGAUCGAGACCUAGUAAGUUAUUCGAAUUGACGUUCUAGUCAACAAUAUUAGAGAGCUUCAGAUUUGAUUAUACGAGUACGAAUAUGACUGCCAGAUUCGUUGUUUGCAAAUACACUGUACUCGCCAUCUCCUUUCGCAAUUCCGUACACACGCCAUAAACCUGAUGCUUCAUGCUUACGACGAGACCUCUCAAAAAUCCCGUUGUCAAUUUGGUGACGGCUACGAGAUUUAUAGGCAUCAGUAGAUGAUGGCGUAAGAAUAUGGCGUAUCCAAAUAAACGAAUCUCGUACACGUAGCCAAACCUAAAGCACUCUAUUAUUGGCUGACAACGAGCGGAUCGGCUGUACCUUUUUAGUAAACUGGAGUGUUUUCUUAAUAUAGGGUCGAUGUGGAAAAAGUGAACCAAUUUUAAAUGAUGGGGUAGGGAAGCAUUAUAGUGCAAUAUUUGUAAUCUUCAUGUUUCUUAUGCUGACAAGUAUUUAAAUCAGUUGCAAGUACCAUUGUAGAGCCAAUAUAACCAGAUGCUAGUAAAACGUUUUGUUUGCGGCCAAUUGGCCAAUACAUUCAACUGUAUCUAUACCCAGUACUCACUAUAUUUUGCCAGUUUGACGAUUCCUUAAUUUAUUGACUUUGUGUGUGAUUUCUUCCUUCUGGUUUUUGAACCGGCAGGAUUAUAGACCUAAUUGUCUUAAGCUACGUUUACACGCUACGAUUAAUCGUGUACGAUUCGUAGUCUAGCGUUUUAAAAUGAGUGCUGGCGCCAUAAUUCAUUGCCGUUUCGUUAAAAAGUAAUUUCAAAUGUAGACUUAUCUUUUUUCCUACAUUAGAUACUUCUACGAUUAUUAUUAAAUGAGAAGCAAAAAAAAUUUUGGAGAAAGGAAAACAUCGAAAAUGUUUAAAGUUAAAGUUUCGUGGAGGCGCUAUUUACAUUGUUGCAACAAAUUAUUAGCAUUUUGCACCUGCGUUUGUCAUGUGAUCCUACACGACGGGAAAUUAUUAAGUUGAGAGAAUACAAGAGAAGCGUGUAAAACGCGAAGCGUAGCUGAGUAUUUUACCACUUCUUUUGUAAUAUAAAUGGAAGAUAUUACAUAAUAAACAAUUUUAUUCAAAAGAUCAACUUUGAAAUUUUCCUAUAACAUGUAAUAAGUGACGCCACGCGCGUGUUGUUACAGCAUUUCAGGCUAUCCGCUUGAAUUUUAAAUUUUCAAAAGCUUCAUUCUUAAUGUUUUUGUACUUAAUUGAAAUCAUUAUGAUGCAACAAAUGUUCCAAUUCUGACUGUUCGUAGGAAUACCUUAAUGUAACCAUGGAUAUUCAUUUGUAUAGACAGUACAAGAGAAACGAAUACUGAUCAAUAUAAGUCGACAAAGUGUAGCCGGAUCAUUUUAGCGGCAAAGUUAGUACCUUUCAUUCGAUGGAUAAUGGGGAUCAUUGAAUCUGUGUAUAAUUUUUAUAGAUUGUUGUUGUUCCUGAUAAUGUCACCCAUAAUAAAGUACCACAAAUUACUGGACUGUUGGCGUAUCAGAAGGACGUUGAAGUGCUUCACUUAAGAAAAAAUGACGCGUGGAAAGUUAUGGCGGAGGAAGAGAAGGUUAAUGCUUUCUAGAUUGCAGAUUAAGUAAUAUUACUAGGGUAGCUGCAAGGUAGGGAUUGCUGCAGGCAUCAAGAGCAAAUAGAAUU